AUGAGCGCAAGCACUUCUGCCGGUCACAAUGUCUGGGACGAGGAUUGGGAACAGCAGGCGGAUACCCCGACGGAGAAGAAAGUCUCGUCCAAAGUCACCAAAGCACAGCGCAGAGCGCAGCAGGCCGAAUUUAACCGUCAACUAUGGGCUGAAGCAGAACAACCCCAGACCCUCCACUUCCUCGAAACUCAAUCCAACGUCCCCUUAAAACAAGAAUUCAAGCCUACGGUCACCGUUCUCAGUCGCAAACCCCAAGCCUCGGCCUCGCGGAGUGCCGCCACGCCCAGUAUAGCGACAGCCGGUAUGGCCCGAUUGGCCCUGGUCGCGGAUGAUAAAGUCGAAGAGUCUGAUGAGGAGGAUGAGAAGAACAAAGCACCUGAGCCGACUCCCGAAGAGCGUCAAGCAAUUGCAAUGCGGAGCCUGGAGGAGAGGCAGCGCAAGUAUGAGGAAGUCCGGGAGCGGCUGUUUGGGAGUCCGUCUGCCAAUACAUCCGGUACUUCUACGCCUCGCAGUGCGACCCCGCCCACCAGGCAAAAUGAGGGCCGAGGGAAAGGCAAGAGCCGGGGUGGAGGAAGAGACAACAAUAAGGAAAAUCACAAGGAAAAAAGAGAUUCUUCGUCAACGUCGUCAAAAUCGCGGCAACUCUAUGACCCAGGAAACGCCCCUCGAUCGAGCCCAAACUAUGUGCAGAGAAAGGACAACCAAUCUCCCGGCGAACGGGUCGGGGGUCAACAGCAAUCCCCACGUCAGCCGUAUCGUCAUCCUCGAGGACCAGAUGUCAAUGGCCGAGGUGGCUUUAAGCCCAGGGGUGCAAAAACAACUUAA